AAAAGAAGCUCUACAGCUUCCGAAUAUUGGCAACAUAAAUCAACUGACUUAACGAUACGUAGUUGCGUCAGAUUGAGUUAAACUGUUUUAUUGGUCACUGCUUCGCCAAGACUGAAAAAUGUAUCAACAGAAGUUAUAUUUUCUUUUAGUUUCGAUUAUUAUUUUAAUUCCCAACGAUGCACUUAUAAGGGUACCGUUGUACAAGACGCGCCGUGUGCGCUGGCUUCUCUACGAUAACGGCAUCAGCACCCCGGAGCAACUGUGCUCGCUUGCUGCGAAGCAAUGGGCCGAAGUAUCUGGGGAUGAAACGGGAAUCGACGGAGACCAAUCCUCAGCUUCCGCUGCUUUUCCCGUGGAGAUCUUAACCAAGUUUAUGGACAUGCAGUAUUAUGGCGUGAUCAGUAUUGGCACCCCCCCGCAGAACUUCACUGUGAUUUUUGACACCGGCUCCUCCAAUCUUUGGGUGCCUUCCGUUCAUUGCUCCUUCCUGAAUAUCGCCUGCUGGCUCCACCACCGGUACGACUCCAGUAAGUCCAGCUCCUAUGUGAAGAAUGGCACAGAAUUCUCCAUUCGCUAUGGCAGGGGUAGUCUGUCUGGAUUCAUCAGCCAGGACACAGUUUCGGUGGCAGGCCUGGCAGCGCGGGCACAGCAGUUUGCAGAAGCGGUCAAGCAGCCUGGCAUCGCCUUCGCCCUGGCGCGUUUCGACGGCAUCCUGGGCAUGGCGUACCCCACGAUCUCCGUCGAUGGCAUCACCCCCGUCUUCGACACUAUCAUGGCUGCCAAGCUUUUGCCACAGAACAUCUUCUCUUUCUACAUCAACAGGAAUCCUAAAGCUCCUGUGGGUGGAGAGCUGAUGUUUGGAGGAACGGAUGAGAAAUACUACGAUGGUGAGCUGUAUUACGUGAACGUCACUCGCAAAGCUUACUGGCAGAUCAAAAUGGAUGGUGUUGCCGUUGGCGACCAGUUGGUGCUGUGCAAGGGUGGUUGCCAGGCAAUUGUCGACACGGGAACCUCCCUCAUCACAGGCCCUGCUGAAGAGAUCCGUGCUCUACAGAAAGCUGUGGGGGCUUUUCCUUUGCUUAUGGGAGAGUACAUGAUUGACUGCAAGAAGAUCCCAUCCCUCCCAGUCAUCUCCUUCACUCUUGGGGGCAAGCAGUUCAAUCUCACUGGAGAGGACUAUGUGGUGAAGGAGACUAUGCUGGGACAGACAUUGUGUCUGUCUGGGCUCAUGGGCAUGGACAUCCCCCCCCCAGCCGGACCCCUGUGGAUUCUGGGUGACGUCUUCAUUGGACGCUACUACACUGUCUUCGACAGAGAUGCCGACCGGGUGGGCUUUGCGCCCACAAAGUAAAGGAGAGCUUCAUUUGAACGAAUGAUUUGACACAAUUUACCAAUUAUGCUUAUGAUUUUGAGUUAUUUUUUAUCACAAUGAGAAUGUGUACUGCUAAAUAUCAAUGCUGGGGUGAAAUUUGAGGCACACGUGCAGGGGGCUGAAACAAAUGGCAAAAUAAACAGUUUUCUGUUACUACAAAGCAACAAGCACUAGCUGGGACCACUGGUCUUUGUGGGAUUAUAAAUGGAUCAUCAGUGGGUAUGACUACCUAAACGCUCAUGUUUGUAGGUCUGAUACCUUUGCUUUAAUUUUUUUUUAUGUUUUGCUACUGAAAACUCUGUUGUGGACUUUUGUAUAUGUGUUGUUAUAAACCCGUUUUUGAAA